AUGAGCAAUCGAAGACACACGACGGCCACAGCCAGAUUGAAGCAGGAUUAUAUGAGGAUCAAGCACGAUCCGGUUCCGUACGUCUUCGCUGAACCACUGCCCAGCAACAUUCUGCAAUGGCAUUACGUUGUGAAAGGUCCAGAAAAAUCUUUAUACGAAGGAGGCUAUUACCAUGGAAAACUGGUGUUUCCAGCUGAUUUCCCAUUCAAGCCACCUAGUAUCUACAUGAUAACACCAAAUGGAAGAUUCAGCGUUAAUAAAAGGCUCUGCUUAUCAAUCAGUGACUUCCAUCCAGAUACAUGGAACCCGGCAUGGGGAGUGGCCACCAUACUAACCGGCCUCCUAAGCUUCAUGCUAGAGAAGAGUCCAACAUUGGGAAGUAUUGAAACCUCUGACUACAUUAAAAAACAAUUAGCCUGGCAGAGUGCUGAAUUUAACUUGAAAGACAAAACAUUCUGUGAAUUAUUUCCUGAUCUUGCUGAAGAAAUAGAGGUCGAACUAAAGAAACGAGAGGAAGCUAACAACAAAUCAGAACAAACCAAAUCAGGGAAGAGCAUAAACCUGACUAUCAACGAAAUAGCAUCCAACAAUGGCAGAAUUUUAAAUGGAAUCAUCACAAAUUUAGCAUUUUGUGCUGGUUUGGCUGUGUUUGCUUAUAUGGUGAAGCAUGUUAUAAGUUGUGUGCUGGAGGAAAUGUGA